CUUUCAUUUGCUGAUUUCAUUGCCUUUGGGUAAAUUCCCAAGAGCAGGAUGACUGGGUAAUAUCUUAGAUAUAUAUGCCGAUUUCUUCCAUAGUGCCUGCACCAGUUUACAUCUCCACCAACAGUGGAUUAGGAUACUUUUUCCCCACAGCCUCACAAGCUUUUGUUGUUUUUUGAUUUCUGUAUGAGAGUCAUUCUAACUGGGGUGAGGUGAAACCUCAUUGUGGUUUUGAUUUGCAUUUCCCUGAUGGUUAGUGAUCCUGAGCAUUUUUUCAUGUGUCUAUUGGCCAUUUGGAUUUCCUCUUUUGAAAAGCACCUGUUCAAGUCCUUUGCCCAUUUCUUAACUAGGUUGUUUGUUUUGUUGCUGAUGCGUUUCUUGAGCUCUUCAUGGAUUCUGGAUAUUAAUCCUCUAUCGGUUGUGUAGUUUGCAAAUAUUUCCCCCUAUUCUGUUGGUUACCUCUUCACUUUGCUGUUUCAUUUACUGUGCAGAAGCUUCUCAACUGGAAGUAAUCCCAUUUGUCGAUUUUGGCUUUGACUGCCUGUGCCUCUAGGGUGAGCCCACAGUGGAUGAAACACUCAUCUGCCCUGCAACACACACUGCACAGUUCUCAGUGUGAGCACAGGACCCUCAGCAACGACCCACCCCAAGCAGUCUGAGAGCUCUGAGCCUCUGACAUCAGACACUCAACAUGGGAUGUGUUGAGAGGACCGGGGCAUCUCACAGCCCCCCAUCAACCCUUCCAGCCAGAGUCAAAGUCAAUGAGGGAUACAGAUUUUUCCCUUUGAAGAGCCACCGCAGCCCCUACUGGUGUCAAAAUGGCAUCUUUCUUCCACCAAUUGCCAGGCACCCUUGGAAGAGGGAAUGGAAAGAAAGAAACGUGCUUUUCUUUCUCUGCAGUUGAGGGUGCCCUGCCCCAAUUUGGUCUCCAGGACAAACUCAGAGCCAGUGUGCUCCACAAGGUUCCCCAUCCAGCAAUAUCAGCCGUGGUGCAUCCUGCAUUCACUUCACUCUCCAAGGUUAACGUGUCCUCCAGUUCUUGGCUGCGGGGGUCGUGUGUGGUGUCUGCGCUUGUGGUUACAUGGAGGACUUUCUACACUGCUCCACGACAUCCCCCUACCUUCUGUAGCAUUUCCACUGCAAACUUCUGCCCAGCUCUCCCUUGGGAAUGCACUUGUUCUGCUCUUUUUCUGCUAUUUUCCCAUCUUCUAAAGCAGUGUGUCUUCUCCAUAUUUAGCCAUCUUGGAGACAGAGAGAAUUCUUCCAUCCACUGGUUCACUCCCCAAAUGGCCACAAUGGCUGCGGCUGCACAGAUUCAAAGCCAGGAGCCAGGAGCUUCCUCUGGGUCUUCCACAUGGGUGCAGGGGCCCAAACAUCCUCUGCUGCUUUCCCAGGUGCACCUGCAGGGAGCGGAUCAGAAAUGGAGUAGCAGGGACUCGAACCAGUGCCCACAACACAGAUGGUAGUUUUACCUGCCAUGCCACGGGACUGGCCCCACUAACCCUAACCCUAUAUUUUUAAAAUGCAUAUUUAUUUAUUUGAAAUGUAGAGUGACACUGGGAGGAGGGGACAGAGAGAUAGAGAUCUUAAAUCAACUGGUUUGAUUUUUAAAUGAACGCAACAUGCAACAUCCAGGUCUGUUCGAGAAUGAAGCCAGGAGCUGGGAACUCCAUCUGUGUCCCCCACACAGAUGGCAGGAGCCCUGCCGUCUUCUCAGGAGAACUGGCAGGGAUGUGUGCCAGCAGCAGAGCAGCAGGGGCUCCAACCAGUGAGUUGUGGGCCUCACACAUGACGUCGUAAGUCACCAUCAGCCCCUGAACAACUACUACUUGUUUGAUCUAAGAUUCAGAACAUGGUUUUGUGUUUCUAUUUGCUCUGCAUUUAAUAUGGUUCACUAAAGUUUUUCUCUUCAUAUUUAAAAUUUUCUGCUAUUGUACUUUGUAUUUUGUGUGUGUGAAUGUUUGGUAUAGUUCCAUGUUCAUUGUUCUACUGGCGUGUUCAGUCUGUAAGGGAUCUUGCUGGCUCUCUGUUCACUUUCAGAUAAAAGUAGGUUUUGCUGAUUUAUUACGUAUUUUGCACAUUGAAUAAGAAGCAUGGUGUUGGGCAUACCUUGAGGACUGGUGACUCUUCUGCUUCACAAUCCCUCAGGAGCCAGCUGCAGUAAUUCCUUGCCGUAAUGCCAAUGUAAGCUCCUUCUCUGUUCACUGAACAGGUUUUCUGUGUAUUUCUUUAAAUCCAAAGCAUACAAUGAUCAUUUUCUAGUGGAACCCCCAGUUUCCACCUCUGUGCUUUGUGGGAGAAGGAGAGCCUGUCUCUAUUCUUUAGGGGAAACAGAAUCUGAUAUUGACAGCUUACCCACUGUCUAUGCUUUCCCUAGUCUGUGCGUGUGGAGAGAGAAGGACAUGGAGUAGCAUCCACAGCCCAUGAGGCCACAGUUGGGGUGUAUGUGUGUGAUGUGCUGAGUGGGCAGUCAGAGCAGGGGUGUGUGUGUGGUGGGAGUGGGCAGUCAGGGCAGGGUUGUAUGUGUUUUGGGGGGAGUAGGCAGUCCUCACCUUAGUGAUUUGGGCACACUGGCUUCCUGAUGGACUUGUUCAUCUGAAACCAGCACCUUUCUCAGGGCCGUUGUCCUGCCUGGACCUCCUGCCAAUAAUCUUAUGGGAUCCAGACUCUCCCCAUUGUUGUCUCUCUCCAAAUGUCACUUUGUCCACUGCCUUUGCCUGGCACCUCUCGAGGAUAUGACCCUCUAACACUUCUUCCUUCUGGUCACUUUCUCUAGAGAGCCUACCAUGACCCAAAAGGACCUCAGAUUAUUUUUUUCUGUGCUUCUCUUCCAGUUCCAUGGUCAGACUGUAGGGACUCUAGUUGUCCAGCAUCUAAUACUCAUCUGAUUGACUGCACUUGAGACAUGGCUGGCACUAAAUAUAUUGUUUCCAAUGCAUCUUACCUAAAGCUGUAGACCAAUGACAUGGUGGGCAAAAUGCUGAGAGUGGAUAAGAAAAAUAUAGAGCUGAAACAAGGGACCCACAAAAAACAUAAAUAAUAUAGCCUUUCAACAACAUGAGUAAAACUCAAAUGUGUGAACCUGAGUCAUGUUAUUUGUCUGUUUCCUGGUAGUGAUGUCCUAUACAUGGAACCAGGCAAUGAAACUCAACCUUCAGAUUUUCUUCUCCUGGGAUUCUCAGAAGACCCAACACUGCAGCCCCUCAUAUUUGGGCUCUUCCUCUCCAUGUACCUGAUCACUGUGGCUGGGAACCUGCUCAUUGUCCUGGCCAUCCUCUCAGACCCCCACCUCCACACGCCCAUGUACUUCUUCCUCUCCAACUUGUCCUUGGUAGAUGUCUGCUUCACCUCCACCACCGUCCCCAAGAUGCUGGUGAACAUCCAGACGCAGAGCCAAGCCAUCAGCUAUGCAGGCUGCAUCACCCAGAUGUUCUUCUUCCUACUUUUUGCAGGGCUGGACGACUUCCUCCUGACUGUGAUGGCUUAUGACAGGUUUGUGGCCAUCUGUCACCCCCUGCACUACACAGUCAUCAUGAACCCUCAGUUCUGUGUGCAGCUGGUCCUGGUGUCCUGGGUAAUCAGUGCUUUGCAUUCCUUGUUGCAAAGCUUGAUGGUGCUGCGACUGUCCUUCUGUACAUACCUGGAAAUCCCCCACUUCUUCUGUGAACUGAACCAGGUGGUCCACCAUGCCUGCUCUGACACCUUUCUUAAUGAUGUGGUCAUCUAUGUUGUGGCUGUACUAUUUGGCGGAGUUCCUCUCUCUGGGAUCUUUUACUCCUACUCUAAGAUCGUCUCCUCCAUCCGUGCCAUCUCCUCAGCUCAGGGGAAGUAUAAAGCAUUCUCCACCUGUGCCUCUCACCUCUCCGUUGUCUGCUUAUUUUAUUGCACCUGCCUAGGUGUGUACUUUAGUUCUGCUGUUACCCAAAACACACACUCAACUGCAACAGCCUCCAUGAUGUACACCGUGGUUACUCCCAUGCUGAACCCCUUCAUCUACAGCCUGAGGAACAAAGACAUGAAGAGGGCUCUGGAAAGAUUCUUUGGCAGACACUCUGUCACCAAGGCUGUUGAACCAGGACUGAAGAAGUCCCCAUGAAUGCUAGACUCAGGUACUUGGAAUCACACACUCUGCAGCUUGGAUCUGACUGUAGAACUUUCUCUUUGUAUUUAUUUCACGUGGUUUCCAUUUCUCUGACAUUCACUUCUCCAUGCAAUCCAAGUAAUUCACUUCCUUAGGCUUUCUGCUCCUUCAUUCUCCUUUAUAGAUGAGUAGUAUUCCAUAGUGUAUAAAUACUUUUUCUUCGGGCCGGCGCCUCAGCUCAGUAGGCUAAUCCUCCGCCUUGCGGCACCGGCACACCAGGUUCUAGUCCCAGUUGGGGCGCCGGAUUCUGUCCCGGUUGCUCCUCUUCCAGGCCAGCUCUCUGCUGUGGCCCGGGAGUGCAGCGGAGGAUGGCCCAAGUCCUUGGGCCCUGCACCCCAUGGGAGACCAGGAUAAGUACCUGGCUCCUGCCAUCGAAUCAGCACGGUGCGCCGGCCGCGGCGGCCAUUGGAGGGUGAACCAACGGCAGAGGAAGACCUUUCUCUCUGUCUCUCUCUCUCACUGUCCACUCUGUCUGUCAAAAAAAAAUACUUUUCUUCAUCCAGUCAUCAGUCGAUGGACAUCUAGAUUUAUACCAUAUCUUAUGAUGAUAAAAUAAAUUGAAAUUCUGUUUCUGCAUAAG